AUGGCAACUAGCGUGCCAAAGGGCAACCCACAAAAGUUCCUUCCCCUCCAGUCCACACAUCCCGCACACGCUGGCUGCAAACCGCAAGGGGCGCACGAGAAUAUCCGAAUCUGCCAGAUCGUGGCUUUCUCCCCAUCGCUACCCCCAAUUACAUUUUCAAAAGUUCGCCAGAGGCAGCGCGACGGCAGUGAAGCCGCCCGUGACCCCACCACCGCCUACACCGCACCGACCGCUGAAAUCGCAACCAUGGAUGUCACUGUGCUGCGGGACCGCAUUCAGGCGACCCUCGACCCGAAUGCCGCCAUCAGACAGCAGGCAGAACUCGACCUGAAGCAUGCUGAAGAGCAGUCGGGCUUCACAGACGGCCUGCUGAACAUUCUCGAAGGCGAGCAGGACGCUGCCAUACGGCUGUCGACUGUCGUGUACCUUAAAAACCGCAUAUCGAAGGGAUGGUCGCCGGCCGAAGAGUACAGCCAGGCCAAGCCCAUACCAGAGGAUGAGAAGACGUCAUUCCGAAACCGCCUCGUGCCCAUCCUCGUCGCCUCCCCGCCGCAGGUCCGCAUCCAGCUUAUUCCUACCCUCCAAAAGAUUCUCGCAUACGAUUUCCCCGGGAAGUGGCCCGACUUUCUCGACAUCACCAUACAGCUCCUGAACGCCGGAGACAUUGCUUCAGUCUUUGCUGGUGUGCAAUGUCUGCUGGCGAUAUGCAAGAUCUACAGGUUCAAGUCGGGCGAGAACCGCGCAGACUUUGACAAGAUUGUGGGCAUGUCAUUCCCGCAGCUGCUCAACAUCGGAAACUCGCUGGCAAAUGAGACAAGUCUGGAGGCUGGCGAGAUAUUACGGACCGUGCUGAAGGUGUACAAGCACGCCAUCUACGCUAACACCCCGCAGUUCGACCUCCCCGCAUCUCUCCGCGAGCAGGAGACCAUGGUUGGCUGGUGUACACUUUUCUUGACCGUGGUCGGCAAGGAGCCACCAGAGACAUCCCUUCCCGAAGACCUGGACGAGCGGGAAACGAACCACUGGUGGAAGGCGAAGAAGUGGUCGUACGCGAAUUUGAACAGACUCUACGUCAGGUACGGCAACCCGUCCGCGCUGGGCAAGAACAACGAGGUCGAUUACACAGAAGUCGCGAAGAACUUCAUCGCCAACUUCGCUCCGAAAAUCUUGGAAAUCUACCUACAGCAAGUCGAGAAAUGGGUCGGCAAGCAGGUCUGGCUCUCCAAAGCCAGCUUGUACUACACGCUCAACUUUCUGGACGAGUGCAUUAAGCCCAAGUCCAUGUGGACACUCCUGAAGCCUCACACCGACAACCUCAUCUCGCAUCUCAUCUUCCCAGUUCUAUGCCAGUCGGACGAAGACAUCGAGCUGUUCGAGGAGGAACCACAGGAGUACUUACACCGGAAACUGAACUUCUACGAGGAUGUUACCGCGCCCGAUGUCGCCGCUACCAACUUUCUCGUCACAUUGACUAAGAGCCGAAGAAAGCAAACUUUCAGCGUCCUCAACUUUGUCAACGAGAUGGUGAACCGAUACGAGGCCGCACCAGACAACGAGAAGAACCCAAGAGAAAAGGAGGGUGCGCUACGUAUGAUUGGUACGCUUUCUGGGGUGAUUCUGGGCAAAAAGAGUCCUGUCGCCGACCAGGUCGAAUAUUUCUUCGUCCGCCACGUUUUCCCUGAGUUCAGGAGUGCCCACGGCUUUUUGCGUGCGCGCGCAUGCGACAGCUUGGAGAAGUUCGAGCAGCUUGACUUCAAGGACCCCAACAACCUCAUCAUCAUCUACCGGAAUAUCCUCGAGUCGAUGGCCGACCCCACACUCCCCGUCCGUGUUGCCGCUGCGCUAGCUCUCCAGCCCCUCAUUCGACACGAUGUCAUCCGAACCAACAUGAAGCAAAACAUUCCACAGGUUAUGCAGCAGCUUCUGAAGCUUGCAAACGAAGUAGACGUCGAUGCUCUGGCAAACGUCAUGGAAGACUUUGUGGAGGUCUUCGCACCAGAGCUGACUCCUUUUGCCGUGGCGCUGAGCGAACAGCUCCGCGACACCUAUCUGAGGAUUGUUCGUGAACUGGUGUCAAGAAACCAGGAGAAGGGCGAAGACAGCGAAUAUGGCGACUUCCUUGACGAGAAGAGUAUAACAGCUCUUGGUGUGCUGCAAACGAUCGGUACUCUCAUCCUUACUUUGGAGAGCACCCCCGACGUGCUGUUACACCUCGAAACAAUUCUCAUGCCCGUGAUCACAAUCACGCUUGAGAACAAGCUUUACGACUUGUACAACGAAGUAUUCGAGAUUAUCGAUAGCUGCACAUUCGCGGCCAAGAGCAUCUCGCCCACAAUGUGGCAGGCUUUCGAGUUGAUCCACCGAACGUUCAAGGCUGGCGCAGAACUCUACCUCGAGGACAUGCUACCUGCUCUGGAGAACUUUGUCAACUACGGAACUCAGACCCUCAUUCAAAACCGCCCGUAUCUCGAUGCUAUUGUCGAUAUGGUCCGAACCAUCUUCAAGGAUGACAAGGUUGGAGGCGUUGAUCGUAUCUGCGGCUGCAAGCUUGCAGAGAUCAUCAUGCUCAAUAUGCGCGGACACGUCGACGAUUACGUACCAGAGUUCAUCUCACUGACCAUGCAAGUUCUCACCAACGAGGAACCAAAGGUGAAGUCUUUGAAGAUCCAUCUGAUGGAGGUGGUCAUCAACUCUAUCUACUACAACCCUGCCUUGGCGCUCCACGUGCUUGAAAGUAACGGCUGGACCAACAAGUUCUUCAGUCUCUGGUUCUCAAGCAUUGACAACUUCAGUCGUGUGCACGACAAGAAGCUGUGCAUCUCUGCUAUCUGCGCACUGCUUACAUUACAGGCCGAGUCCGUCCCUGUCAGUGUACAACAAGGCUGGCCCCGUCUGCUGCAAGGCGUCGUAAGACUUUUCCAGACCCUGCCUGCUGCUUUGAAGAAUCGUGAAGAAGCCAAGAGGGAAGAUAACUUCGACUUCGCUAAUGAGUACGAAGAAGAAGAAGACGAGGAGUGGGAGCAAGAAGCCGACUGGAACGCCGAGGCCGAAGAGCCAGAGGAUGUUAAGGAUGAGAGUGCCGCAUAUCUCGAGUUCCUGAACGAAGAGGCCCAGAAAUUCUCCUCGGUCGAUGAUGAGGACGACGACGAGCUCGAAGAAGAAAGCCUUCUCGAGACACCACUCGACAAAGUCGAGCCAUACAGCAUGUUCAAGCAUGCAUUACUACGCCUACAGCAAGAACAGCCCGCCCUCUACGAAAACCUCACAAAGAACCUCAAUCCAGAAGAGCAACAGGUCGUGCAAGGAGCCGUUCACCAGGCCGAUGUCAUUGCCCAGGCACAAGUACAAGCUCAGCAAGCAGUAGCAAAUGGUGGCGUACCACCACAAUUGUAG